CGUUUUUAGCGAAUGCAUACAAAGGCGGCCAUAUGUGAUGUAUGUGUGACAAGUCAUGACAAUUUCGCAUGAAAUAAACAAUUUUUAUCGAUGGAAGACUCAUUUUUUGGAUUUGAUACAUCUUUACCGCUUGACGACGAUGGAGGAGGAGGGCAGAUCGCAGAACCAUCGGAGGAGGAAUACGAUGCUCUAAAUGAUGAAACUUUCGGUUGCGCUACCAAUGGGGACUGGGAAGAGGCGCAUGAAAAUCUAGUUCGAUUGGACGAGUGUAUUGAUGUUGGAAAAGAUCAAGAUACUUUCAGCUCCAAAAAUAAUCAAUCGAUCGAUCAUGUUUCAACAGAACAAACAAUAAAGUCCUACAAAAAACCUCGUCAACAGCCUGCAAAUUUUAUGACUGAUUCCGACUUGGAAUUAAACUUGGCUAGCAUGAAAUUAGACGACGUCGAUAUUAGUUAUGAAAAUGAUGAAAUUGUUGGUGGUUGUGUCGUGGAAACAGUCAAAAUGGAUCCAAGUGUAUGGUCGGCGCAGCCAGUGCCAAAAAAUGAGCGAAUAGUUUGUUCAUCGCUGGACCAAAUAAACAGUAAUGAUUCGCGAAAUGGUAUGCCUGUUAAUCCGACGGAUUUUCUGCGUCAGCAUUUUCCCAGUCCAUUUCAACAACAAUUUUUACAAUUUCCGUUGCAAGGGCAACAACCUCAAAAUGACAGCGUGGUUCAGGUUGAUGAAAUCCACAACUCGACAAAACCUCCCAAAAUCUGCACAUUGGAAGACAUAGAACGAAAUUUAAUCAUGCAACAAGCCGUUCUAAAACGUCAGCAUCAAUCCUACAACUCCCAUGACAUUGUUGUUAAACAAAAAAAUUCCGUGGACGAUACAGUAAGCAAUACUUUAAAAGCUCAUCAUCAACAUCUUCAUCAACAUCAUCAACAAACACCUCCGCAAGCACAAUACACAUCGAAAGUGCCACCGAUGCUUCCCCCCCAGCAGCAGCUAAAAGGCCCACCAGGUUUAGGCCAACCUGUUCAACAGCCGCCCCCAAGGCCUUCUAGUAAUUUUAAUAAUUUGGGACAACAUCCCAUAAACAACCUACUGCAGCAACAACAGCCACCACAUCAUCAUCAGCAAGCAGUAGCACAUUUGAACGCAUCUGGAAAUCGCUUGCCGCCGGGAUUGCCCAUAUAUCCACCCGGAGUAGGGCCGCAUCUAUCCCAACCAGGGCAUACACAGUUGCCGCCACAUCCAUUACUCAAUCAGCAUGGACUACCCAAUGCUUUCCCGCAUCCCCAACAACGUUCAUUACCAAACCCCCAUUUACCAAUAGCCCUUAAUAAUUUCGCAAUGCAUCCGAAUUUUAAUGCAAUUCGCGCCGCUGGCAUUCAUCCUGCUUCCCUUUUGACAUCACAACAACAAACCGGGCGUAUAAUGGGUCAUCCACCACCGAAUCCCAUACCGAUGUUAAAUAACCAAGCCGGACAAACAAAUUCAAAUUAUAAUAUGUUUAAUAUGCGUCUUGUGCAAGAGAUUCAACAAAAUCAUCCUUUACUGCAGAAUGCGGCACGUCAGGUUCAGCAACAUCAAUUUCAACAACAAAACCACCUAGUUGGGAACAACAGUGGGAGCCAUCAGCAUGCACUGGCACGCGGUAAUGUCGGUGGCAAUCAGAAAUUAAAUCAUAAUACACGGCGUGAGGGUAUGACUGCUGGUGCUAAUGGCAACUUGCCACCGGAGGAAUUUGACGAAUACGCCAAUCUUAUGAGUACUCGCGAUAAACAUUGGCUUAUAGGUAUACAGUUAUCUCAACUCAACCCAGAUACCCCUUACAUUGAUGAUUAUUAUUAUACGGUGUAUAAGGAACGAAAAACGGCUCAGAAUGGCAACGUCAGACUUAGUCAGGCACAUAAGGACAAUCAAUUAAAUCAUCCGUUAACGCAACCUAAAGGCCAUGCUCAGCUCAUAUUAGUUCAGUUGGGUAACAAAAAUGGUACACGUAAUGGUCAACAUCAGGAACGUCGCAACUCGGACAAUCAUCAUGGCAUUAAUUCUAACAAUGUUCAGGAGUUAAAAUUGCCAACGUAUCUCUUUACUCCGCUUAAGUUUGAGAAUUCAUUGGGCAAAUUGCAAUAUGGUAGUGUUACAGCUCCUCGAAAAAUAAUCGAUGCAGAAGUUAUGAGUAGCGAAACAUCCGCCGCUGCGACCGUAACCACCUUAACAACAACGGGUAAUGAACAAAAUUCGUCGUAUGCUCAAACUCAACUUAAGGCAAUUAUUGGUGGGCAAACUAAAGUCGACUCCCCUGGCUUGAUACAAACGUCUUUAUCCGGUGGUGAUCUAACAACGGUAAAUUCUCAAUGCAAAUCUCGGUAUAUUUUGCUCCACAUUGAGAGUUUAUAUCGCGUUCUACUAAAAUUGGAUGAUCUUAAUAAUCCCAACGCAAUUGCAACCAUACUGACGAAGAAAAAGAAAGAAAGUGAACGAAUUGCAGCUCUGGAGCAAUUAGAAGCAGCUAAUAAAACCGAAGAAGAACGAAGUGCUGAUGCUUCUAGUAAUCCAUCACUAAAAUGUAAAUUUAACUACGAAAUCGAAACGAAAGAAGCUUUAGUAGAGAAAUUACUCAGUGGUCUGCAGCAUGAUAAAAUAGUUGCCAUAAUGAAUAUACGCAAAGGAAAGGUCCUGAUAAGACGCAUAAUGCCGUACAUUGAAAACGACGACCAGCGUUGGAAUGUAUGGAUUGGUGUCUUCAACUCUCUUCAAAACGUUUUCAAAAAAGAUCGUGACGAUACAGAUGGCAUUUUGUAUUCAUUGUAUCCUGAAUUCAAAAAGCAAAUUAAAUUAGCAAACUUUGAGAUUAUCGUUCGAGUCUCAUCAGCUAUCACGCUAAACGAUAAAAAAUCAAAUGGUAUCUUCUGUAGCAAGUUUGGUAUAUCAUCGCUCGUUUGCCUGAUACUGCAAGCCGAGAAUAUUUACGUGCAAAAUGACGAUGUUAGUCUUACUAAUGAACAUAAAGAGAGCUGGCGUCAUUUUCUGGACCAAGUAGCUUCUUCGCUAAAUCGCACAAUACAAAGUCAAACGAUUUGUGCUGCAAUUGAAUCCGAUUCUAUACAACCCGUAAUGGAUCACUUUGCACGUUUCAAAGAUCUGAAGUUAGAUUCAUUAUUGGCUCUUAUCACCGAAGCUAAACAACAAAUUAACUAAACCAAAAAAACAAAAAGAGAAGGAAACAAAAAAACGACAUAUUUUGCGGUAAUAAA